UACUCUCAAAGCUCUUGCUUGUUUUGCCCUAAUCUGGCGAGGAAUGGCGUCGACGCAGCAGGAGAAGGUCCCGGCCGCGGCGGCGGAGCAGCAGCACAAGCGUAAGUUCCCGAUUUCUCUGCCCGAUGUGCGCGGCUCGCGCAGCCGGCCAAAGUUCUGGCUCGAGAUGUUCAAAUUCAGCGUCUACGUGACGAUCCCGGUGGUUCUCAUCUUCGGCUUCUCGGCUGGCUCCGACGCGCUCAACUGGGCCAUCCGCAAUCGAAGCUACGUCGUCUACCCUCCACAGAAUUCCAAGCCUCUACCGCCGCCAGAAUUCUUCAUGGAAGUUGCCAGAAGGAGAAGAGAGGCUCGGGAAAAGGCGGCAAAAGAUCUCUGAAGGACGAUGGAAACAGAGAAGUAGAAAAGGAAACGAGGACCAGGUCUGAAGACGCUCGAGAGAGAGAGGCGAAGCGAAUGUUAUGUGUGAGUCUUUCUCCUGAGGAACAAGGUAUUCAGGCCCGUUUGCGUCAUUGCUUACAUACCUUGGCUUCACAGGAACACUAAGAUAUAGCCAUCUAAGUGCUUUGUUUCUUCUUUCU